AUGGGGUCAACUAAUAUAGAUCUAGAGCAAAGGGCUCUCGCUGACUCUGCGAUUACUGAUCAGAAGAAUGAUGACUCGCCGGCUGCGUCUGAUUCUCCGGCAGAGAAAGAGGCAGAGUUGACAUAUGAUACGGGGCUUCACACAUGGCUCCAGGUAUUGGGGUCAUUCUUUCUGUUCUUCAAUUCAUGGGGCGUGAUCAAUACAUGGGGUGCAUAUCAAACCUACUACGAGCGAGAACUGCUCGUCGGCACCUCUUCAUCAACCAUUGCCUGGAUCGGCUCGCUACAGUCUUUCCUCCUGAUGAUGGUCGGUGUCAUCACCGGCCCACUCUUUGACGCUGGCCAUUUCCGCGCCCUCGUCUCAUUCGCCGCAUUCCUACUGCCCUUCGGUUUAAUGAUGACCAGUCUCGCUACGAAGUACUGGCAUCUGAUCCUUUCGCAGGGCGUCUGCAUCGGACUCGCAGCUGGCUGCCUGUUCGUACCCUCCGUCGCCAUCCUACCACAGUACUUCCGUCGCAAGAGAGGCCUAGCCAACGGUUUGGCUGCCAGCGGCAGCAGUAUCGGUGGCGUCGUCUACCCAAUCAUGUUCGAUCAGUUGCAGAACCAGGUCGGGUUUGCCUGGGCGACUCGGGCACUGGGGUUUGUCGCUUUCGGUACCAUUUGCUUUUCUGUGAGCAUCAUGCGCUCGCGUUUCAAGCCGAAGGAGAAGCGAAAGCUCUACCAGUUGUCUGCAUUCAAGGAGCUGCCGUUUAUGCUCUUUGCUUUUGCUAUGUUCAUGGGUUUCUUGGGAUUCUACAACUUCCUCUUCUAUGUGCAGUCAUACGCAAUCGAUACGGGUAUCGUAGAUCCCAAGCUAGGGUUCUACCUGCUUUCCAUGCUCAACGCUGCCUCGUCUUUUGGUCGAAUUGCGCCCAACUUCCUCGCCGAUCACCUUGGACCAUUAAACAUGCUCACCCCCGCCGUGACCAUCACUGCUAUCCUGGCCUUCGUCUGGAUCAGCGUUCACACAGUCCCUGGCAUCAUCAUCCUCGCCGUCUUCUACGGAUUCUUCUCCGGUGGCUUUGUGUCUUUGCCGCCUGUGGUUAUGGCAAGCAUGACCCCGGAUGUCCGCAACUUGGGCACACGGAUGGGCAUGGUCUUUGCAAUCACCUCUAUAGGCCUGUUAAUUGGUACCCCCAUCGGAGGCGCGAUCCUAUCCAGGACAAAUGAGUACGUCGGAGUGCAACUUUUCACCGCUUGCUGUCUCAUUUCCUCUGCGGUCCUCAUGGCCUGUGUGAGACUGUUGCGCUCGGGUCUCAAGUUGCGUGUCCGGGUUUGA